CACAACUCAGCUCAUCGAAAUCGAACCGUAGAAAUCGACAAUGGCGGCCUCCUCCAUCUCUUCCCUCGCCUCGUCCUUCUCCUCUCUCUCAUUUUCCUCUCAAGUCUCUCAGAAACCAAACGCCCUUGUUUUCCCCGUCACCAAGUCCCGCUCCCUUUCACCUUCCCCCAAAUCCCUCACCACCCUCCGCGUCUCCGCCGCCGUCGCCUCGCCGUCCGAGCCCUUCAAGGACCUGGUGAAGACGAGACUCCCCGGCGGAUUCGCCGCCCAACCCAUCAUCGGCACCGGCCGCCGGAAAUGCUCCAUCGCUCGUGUUGUCCUCCAGGAAGGCACCGGCCAAGUCAUAAUCAACUAUCGCGAUGCCAAUGAUUAUCUCCAGGGGAAUCCGCUGUGGAUUCAGUACGUCAAAGUCCCACUGGUGACAUUGGGCUACGAGGGCAGCUACGACGUUUUCGUGAAAGCUCACGGCGGCGGGCUAUCCGGCCAGGCGCAGGCGAUCUCGCUGGGAAUUGCUCGGGCUUUGCUGAAGGUCAGUGCCAGCCACAGAUCGCCUCUGAAAUCGGAAGGGCUUCUGACGAGGGACUCAAGAAUCGUGGAGAGGAAGAAGCCUGGUCUCAAGAAAGCUCGCAAGGCUCCUCAGUUCUCCAAGCGUUGAGCUUUUGCUUGGGGCAAGUUACAAAGUUGGUUUCUUUCUCACUUAUACUCCUCCCAUCCACUCUCUGCUUCUCGGCAUUGCUUUCUCAGAGUGUUGUAGAAUGUGUUGAACAGUUUGCCUCUGUAGAUUCUAGCAGUUCUAUUGCUUGUCUUUAACCUGAAGGUCUCAACCGAUCUCUUGCCAUUCAAUAUGACCCUUCAGAAACAAACCACAAUGAUAGUG